AUGCCGGACUCGCUUGUCAAGUUGUCGUCCACCAGGCCAACUGUCCUGCGGCUGAUACUAUCGGCUACUUUAGUCUACGCGAUAUUGAUAGUAGUAUGGAUGAUAUCUAGUCAACAGUACUUCUUUUCUACGCCCGAACAAGUGGAGGCAGAAGCUCAUGCGACAACAGUCCAGAGCCUUUCACUCGAAGUAUUGGAGACAGAGGCCCGUGCAGCAACCGUCAAGAACGGUUUGCGUGAAGCGUUGGAGACACGCCAAUUCAAGUGCAUCGGAUGGAGAGCCACGCACAGCUGCAGUGCAGACGGAGCUCGUGAUGUGGCGAAUGACAAAGUGUGCGACGAACGGGUCGAACACACUGCGUCCGGCUAUUGUGAGAUUGAAGACGUCCAGACCGGUGAGAGGUUCCGUGUCAUGCAGCGUGGGUGUGGCACAGUCCGGAAAAGGGCCAAGUUUUUUUGCUCUCUUGCACCGGAUUUCGCGAAUUUCCCCGCAAAGAUUGGCCAAGUGGUGGAAAAAGUCAGUGCACCUGGUUUUAGCCUGCUGAACAGCAAUCAAACCGAGGCAGUACGGGCAGGUAUUGUCAUGGUUGUGUACCCGAAACUCCUAGCAGGCGCAUAUGCUUCGAUUCGCACACUGAGAGAGGUGUUGCGUUGUCAAUUACCGAUCGAAAUCUGGUUCCGACCGGAUGAGAUGCAGACUGUGCCUGCUGGGCUCAAGCUAUUAAAAGAGGCUGCAGAGGUGGAUGCAAUGGAUGGGGUCACAUUUCGAGCGAUUGAUGAUUUGCGUGCGGUUCGUUUCGCAGCAAAGGUGCAUGCGAUUUACAAUAGUGCUUUCGAUCACGUGUUGUUCCUGGAUGCGGAUAACGUUCCAGUGCGUGACCCGGCGUUCUUAUUCGAGUCUGAAGAGUUUGUGAGAACUGGAGCUGUGUUUUGGCCGGACUAUUGGCACCCGCAGCACACUAUUUUUCACCUCGUCGAAGACUCAUUGUUGUGGCAAAUGCUGGACAUGCAGUACGUUGACAUGUUCGAGCAGGAAAGUGGCCAGCUCUUGAUUGAUCGAAGACGCCAUGCUGCCGCCAUGGAGCUUGUACACUUCUACGCUUCUCAUACUCCUGACCUAUUUAAGCGUCUCGAUCUGGUGUGGGGGGACAAAGACCUUUUUCGAUUCGCUUGGAUCAAGUUGAACGCUCCGUUUUUCAUGGUCCAGACCCCACCUGCAGUCGCUGGCAAGCUUGUGAAUGAGUCGUUCUGUGGUAUGACGAUGGUUCAGCACGAUUCUGGUGGGAACGUGCUUUUCCUCCACCGCAAUGCCAAUAAACUGACUGGGCGACGACAACGUUACAAUGUAAAUUACGGAGUCAGUCUACAAAAGAGUAUCGCUAUGAAGCAACCAGGCCAACGUCUAUCUAAUGUACUCUAUCAUGCGGUGGCACAAGGCAAGCAGGGCCACUCACUGCGAAAGCGAUUGGCGACAUUGGAGCCUUUAGAACCCGACAAUUUACCGGAUCCAGUUAUUUGGACGCAUCUGUGGUCAUUUCGAAACUCGUCGCGUUGGAAUCAUUACAGGAUUGAGUCAUACUCGGCCCAGCCAGAAUUUCCCGAGUGGCAACGGUGUUACGGCGAGCGCGACAUUCGGGGCAACGAGCACUUCUACACACAGAAAUUCGCAGACAUGAGCUUUUCUGGACUGGAGACGCAUCUCAGGCGUUUCGCCAUGGAAGGCGUCCAACAGCUGGAGAGAUUUCAGGCUGCAAUGAAGAACGGAACACAAUAG